GCGCUCCAAUCGAUUCUUUAUGAAAUUUUAAUGUCAACAUUUUCCUAUUCAACACCUUCAAAUAUUCCAACUCAAAAGCUUUCAACAACUCCAAUGAAUUCUUCAACUGCUUCCACUGUUUCUAAUAAUCCACAACAACCUAGAGAUUCCCCAAAUUAUUCCCAACAAUUUUUGCUUCAAGGACACACAAAAGGUGUCGCUUCCGUCAAAUUUUCCGCAGACGGACAACUUUUGGCUUCCGCUAGUGCUGACAAAACUGUUCGGAUUUGGUCUGUUGAAGAUGGAAAAUUAGAGAAGAAUAUUCAAGGUCAUAAAUUAGGCAUAAGUGACGUCUGUUGGUCAUAUGAUAGUCGAAUGGUUGUUAGCUGUUCUGACGAUAAAACACUUAAACUUUUUGAUAUUACACAGGGAAAAUUGAUCAAAACGUUCCGAGGCCAUCAAAAUUAUGUUUUUUGUUGUAAUUUUAAUCCGCAAUCAACUCUUCUGGUUUCUGGCUCGUUUGAUGAGACGGUCCGAAUUUGGGAUGUUCGCUCAAGCACCUGUGUUCGUUCAUUGCCUGCACAUUCUGACCCUAUCAGCGCUGUAGGUUUCAAUAGAGACGGUUCUCUAAUUGCUACAAGCAGUUAUGAUGGCCUUGUUCGAAUUUGGGAAGCGGGUAGUGGUCAAUGUAUGUCUACACUUGUUGGUUUGUUAUUUUUUAUUUUUAGAGAUUGA